UGCUGCACUGACGUCAUCGCUGCGCGCCCGGCGAGGCCCCGCCCCCGUCGCUGUUCCCCGCCCCACGUGCGGCUGCUUUGAGGUUUUCGGUCUGUUGAGAGAGACACGGAGGUCAGAUUGGCAGAAGAGGCUGGCGUCAGACCAUGACGAUGGAAGUGUCAGAGGAUGAUAUUAAUACAGAAGAAUACCCCACUGAAAUUCAUGAUUAUCUUGCAGCAUUUGAAAAAUCUCUUGGUUCUGUAGAUGAGAUGCUGAGGACAAUGAUGUCAAUUUCCAGGAGUGAGCUUCUCCAAAAGUUAGAACCGCUUGAGCAAGCAAAGAUGGAUUUGGUUUCGGUGUAUGCGUUAAAUUCAAUGUUCUGGGUAUACUUGGCUACUCAGGGAAUCAAUCCAAAGGAACAUCCAGUGAAACAAGAACUGGAGAGAAUAAGAACAUACAUGAACAAGGUCAAAGAAAUAGCAGACAAGAAAAAGGCAUCCAAACUUGAUAAAGGAGCUGCUUCUAGAUUUGUAAGAAAUGCACUUUGGGAGCCAAAUGCUGAAAAUGAACAUACCUCCAAAACUCCUGCUAAAGGAAAAAAGAGAAAGAUAGACUAAUUUUUUGUUUCCCCUUUUAUAGACACACCUAGAAUUUAUUUCAAAAUUGGUUUUGCAUACUGUGUGCAUCUUGCAGAGGUGCUGUAUGGCAACAUCUUGAUUAAGUUAUACUUCAGAAUUUUACAGGAUUGUAUUUUGUCCAGAACACUUGUCGCUGAGGUAAUCACAUUAUAUGUGUAUCUGAAAAGUGCCAUUUGAUGUGAGAGAAGUAGCGUUUCAUUAUUCAAAUAAUAAUGACAUGUCAUAUGCUUGCUGGUAAUAGGUACCAGUGAUGUUUUACUGAUAAUGCCUAAGAAUUCCUGGGGUUUUUUUAACUGCCGAAUGAUUGACACUUUUAUAUGUACUAAAUCUCCCAAAUAUUAAAAAGUCUCAAACAAUGCUAUCCAAUCUGUGGUCUUUAUGCAAGAGCAGUGUUUACUUUCUCAUUACAUCGUUGUGUGAAAUGCUGUAUUUGUAGAGUUUUGUAACGUUUAUUCACUGUGUUAAACUGUUCCCUUUUCAGCUUCUGAACUUGAAUGUUUCAAGGGCCACAAGCAAACAGCCUGGAUUCCACUCUAAGUCACUGUGUCUAGUCAAUGGAAAAAAUAGAUAUCCCCAAGGGGCAAUUUCUAGGGCCCCAAAAAAGGAACAGGCUAGGGACAGCUAUUAGGAAACAGCACAUGCAGGAACUUGACUGGAAUUUUGGCUGUAGUGCUUAUCCCUUACUGCUGACACUGAGAGAGAGAAAUGUGCUCUCUCAUCGUCUGUUGCAAUUUCUCAGAACUUCAUCACAGAAAGCAUCCUCUGGUGCAGUAAAAACUACUGCUCUGUUUUGCUAAUAUUCUAUUUGUUUUCCUAAAAAUGUGAAGCUUAGUUGUUUCGAACAGGCAGCGUGUUAGUUUCUUCAGAAGAACCUCACUAGAUCCUUUUUCAAUACACUGCAAAGCAAAACUCUAUUAUCAGCCAAAAAGUUGUUUAACAGUUAGCAGUGACCUAACCACUUAUGAAGGAAAAUAAACAGUUCACCACAAUGCAGUUUGGGUAGCAGUCUACAAAACUGGUUGGGAAAUGGUGUGAAAGACUAAAUGAUAAGAACAAAUGAAUCCGGUAUACAUAUAGUACUGCAAGCUGAAUGAUGUACAGUGGGUGGUUACUGUCCUUACAGAGUUGUACUGCAACAUGCAAUGAAGAAUAAGGACUAAAUUGAAUGAGGUGCUAAAAUGAAGGUUCUCUUGUCAUUGACUACCUAAAAAUACAUAUUUGAAUGUAAAAGUUCAAUACAUUGACAAGUUUAAUAAACUCAAAACAGUU